GUCACCUGGUAUAGAUGUAAGCGUCCUACUGAAUCUCGAACGCCUUCACAACUCAUUUACGCAUAUGUACUUUUACAUAUAUAAAAGCGCCACUUCAGAGUCAAUUUAUCGGUUGCGUUAGAACUCAACGUCAAACCGAGCACGUCUACCAUCGGAUACACACGAUGGAGGUGAACGUUAUCUAUUUAACGAUAAUGGUCGUGAUUCUGAUACUAAUCUUCCGCUGGCUAACCAAGAACCACGAUUAUUUUCACGAGAAGCCAAUCCCUUCGUUGGGUGCGUGGCCCGUGUUCGGCAGCACCGGUGAUGUUAUGCUAUAUAGGUGCACCUUUACCGACUACGUCAAGCAGGUCUACGACAAAUUUGCGAGUGUGAAAGUAUUCGGCCUGUUCGACACCAACACUCGAGUAUUCGUCAUCCGAGAUCCGGAACUCAUAAAACAGAUUGCGGUGAAGGAUUUCGAUCACUUUGUCGAUCGACGGCCAGUUUUCGGUAAAAGCACCGGCGACAACCCGAAUGUGCUUUUUAACAAAGCAAUAGUAAUGAUGACCGGUCGAAAGUGGCGGGAUAUGAGGGCUACUCUAAGUCCGGCUUUCACCGGAAGCAAGAUGCGGGCGAUGUUCGGUCUGAUAACGGAGUACAGUGACCGGAUGAUUCAGAUUCUGCGAACGGAGGCCGACAACGGUAGAGGGUACGUUGAGUACGAUAUGAAAAAUUUGUUCUCGCGGAUUUCAACCGACAUUAUUGCAACUUGUGCUUUCGGGAUAGAGGUGGAAUCAGUGAAGGAUACCGGGAACGAAUUUUAUGUAAUGGGUAAGGCGAUGCUAAAUUUUCUCAGAACGUCGGUGAUGUUGCGGAUGCUGGGAUAUACGUUGUUUCCUGGCGUAAUGCAAACGUUAGGGAUCGAUGUUAUUGAUAGGCAGCAAAUACGUUACUUUUCGAAUAUGGUUAGAGAAACGGUGAAAAAUCGAGAAGUUCAUGGCAUUGUUCGACCGGACAUGAUUCAUUUAUUAAUGCUAGAGAAGAAAGGUGCUCUAAAGUACCAACAGGAAACGGUAAAAACGGUUGAAGGGUUUGCAACGGUGGAAGAAUCUAGUGUCGGAAGAGCAUCUGUCACUAAAACUCUGACGAAUGCAGAAAUCACAGCACAGUGUAUGAUAUUCUUUCUGGCUGGAUUUGAGGCCAUAUCUUCGGCAAUGGUCUUCAUGGCGUAUCAGCUGGCGUUGAGCUCUACAAUUCAACUGAAUCUUUACGAAGAGAUUCUAGAAACAAACAAACGAUUGAAUGGGCAGGCAUUGUCGUACGACAUUCUACAGGCGAUGAAAUACAUGGAUAUGGUUGUAUCGGAGACACUUCGACUGUGGACCAACCCGAUGUCGGAUCGUUUGUGUGUUAAAGACUACCACCUGGACGAUGGCCAGGGUCUUAGGUUCACGAUCGACAAAGGCACCUGCGUGUGGUUUCCGAUAUACGGCAUUCACCACGAUCCGAAGUACUAUCCAAACCCAGAGAAGUUCGACCCGGAGCGAUUUAAUGAUGCGAAUCGAGCAAACAUCAAUAUGUCCACAUAUUUGCCUUUCGGAAUUGGGCCACGUAACUGUAUCGGUUCGAGGUUUGCACUGAUGGAAAUAAAAGCAAUUAUGUAUCAGUUGUUGCUGAAUUUCAGCAUUGAGCGAACGGAACAAACUCAGGUGCCACUCCAAAUCGGGAAAGGGCUCCUUCCUUCGAUUACUACGCAUUUAAGGCUUAGGUUGAGAUUGUAAGAAUAUCCGAACAUUGAUUCAAGUUGAAGGUGGUAAUUCGCCAACAUGUUUGCUGUUCGUGAGCACAAAAUCAAGUAUAGGUAAGAACAGUUCAUUAGAGCUUCUUUCGAAGUGAACAUUGUGUCUUGUUUUCAGAAGCACUUGAUACUAAUACAUAAUAACCCGUCAAAGUAACGCUGAAGAGAAAUUCUAGUGACAAGGAUAUCUUUAACGGGUAAUGUGUUUCUGUGGAAAAAAAUAAAUCAAUACAGCCCUGCUAUUAGGCCGGAUAGACAGCAAGAUAUGUUAAGAUAGAUAUAGCCUCGUGUAUUCUUAUUAUUAAUAAGCCCAUUAAAACACCUAAUAUAAAAUUGCUUUGUACUCGUAAUCACUCAAAAUACGGAGCCUUCUCUGUUUAGUCCCUGUACCAUACUCGAAACCAAUCCAAUGGAUUAGUUAUGGAACUAAGCAAGCACCGGAUUGACGCUAGCUGCAAAAAACAGAGACACA